CACUGAAUUUCUAGAGCUCCAACCUGAGAUCUACCAGAAGUAACGACGGCGACGAAUCAUUGACAUGGAGAGGUUUGAAAGAGCUUAAGAGUGACUAAUAGAACGUUGCGACCCUGACAACAGAGCCAAGCGCUUCCGCGUCACGCUCCUUUCACCUUGCCUGGCUGCUUCACCUUGACACUCUCUAUACAAGCGCGAGUCCUGCGAUAUCGAGCGCAUAACUUAACAGGCAGUCACCAUGGUGCGCGUCAAGUUUCGCUACCUUGUCGUCAACUUUCUCUAUCCUGAGCCGUCUUCGAAGUCGCGCACCGCUCUCCCUGACCUCGUGCAAAUCCACUCUCCAACACCAGAUGCCUUCAACACUGGAGCGCUAGUGCGUCUUCUGCGCGAUGCAGUAGAGGAGUUGUACGGCGACUAUGGAAGUGGCAUGGUUUCCAGUAGUCUAAAAGUCAACUAUUACUCGCCCUCCACCUCCACAGCCAUAAUACGUUGCCCGCGUGACAAUUACGAGAUGGUAUGGGCGGCGCUCACGUACGUCACAAAGCUGCCGCGUAUUGACACGCCUGUCGUGUGCAGGGUUCUCAGAGUCAGUGGCACCAUAAGAAAGGCCGAAGAGGAGGUGAUUCGCAGGAGUCAGCAGAUCGUCAAGAGGGCAAAAGCCUGGGAGAGCAGAGGAGCUGAUCCCAUGCUCAUUAGCGUUGAGAAGAGCGUCGAGAAAGAAAGGAAGAGGGAGAGCGUUCUCGCCGUGGUCGACCAGGGCGACACGAGCGACGAGAUGAGCGAAUGAGGCAUCCUUAGAUUUCGCAUCUUUGCCUGGGUUUGAUUGGCCACCGAAGACACCGUUCAUCGAUGAUACACGUCGAAAGCUGAUCUGGAGCAUUGUGGUUGCGCCAGAUCCUGAACUUGGAAUAGUCUAUAUGCAACUACCCAUGGGCGUGUUUGUCUCUCCAUACC